AUGAACUCUAUUUUAGACAGGAAUGUUAGAUCUAGCGAAACUACUUUAGUUAAACCUGAAUCUGAGUUUGACAAUUGGUUGUCGGAUGAAAAUGACGGGACUAGUCAUAUGAAUUCCAACAAGGACUCUUCAUCUGUCCUUUCUGCAUCUUCUUCUACAUGGUUUGAACCAUUGGAAAACAUCAUCUCUUCUGCAUCUAGUUCCUCGAUAGGGUCUCCCAUCGAGGACCACUUUAUCUCUUCUAGUAACGAGCAAUCUGCUCUUUUCCCAACCGAUCAGUUUUUCAGUAAUCCUUCCUCAUACUCACAUUCACCUGAGAUUGGCACCUCGAUAAAAAGAGAAGAGGACGACAAUGCUCUUUCGCUGGCUGAUUUCGAGCCAGCUUCGUUGCAAUUGAUGCCUAACAUGAUGAACAAUGAUGAUAAUACCUCACUUAAGAACGAAAUCGAACUAAACGAUUCAUUCAUAAAAACAGGCCUGGAUACUAAGGAAACAAAAAAGAGAGCUCCAAGAAAAAGACUUACGCCGUUCCAAAAACAAGCUCACAACAAAAUCGAAAAGCGUUACAGAAUAAACAUCAACACAAAAAUUGCUAGAUUGCAGCAAAUAAUUCCAUGGGUAGCAAGUGAACAAACAGCUUUCGAAGUGGGUGAUUCUGUUAAAAAGCAGGAUGACGACGGCACUGAAGCUGCUGUCGCCACUCCCCUUCCAGCAACUGCUGCCACAAGCACGAAACUGAAUAAAAGCAUGAUUUUGGAGAAAGCUGUUGACUAUAUUCUAUAUCUGCAAAAUAACGAACGACUAUACGAGAUGGAAGUUCAAAGGUUAAAGAGUGAAAUCAGCACUUUGAAACAAGACCAAGAUUAA